AUGGUGCAUUUUACUGCCGAGGAGAAGGCUGCUGUUGUUAGCCUGUGGGCCAGGGUGAAUGUGGAGUUGGUUGGAGGCGAGGUCCUGGGAAGGCUCCUGGUUGUUUAUCCAUGGACCCAGAGGUUCUUUGACAGUUUUGGGAACUUGUCCUCUGAGUCUGCAAUAAUGGGCAACCCCAAGGUCAAGGCCCAUGGAAAGAAGGUGCUGACCUCCUUUGGAAAUGCUGUUAAACAUAUGGAUGACCUCAAGGACACGUUUGCUGAGCUGAGCGAGCUGCACUGUGACAAGCUGCACGUGGAUCCCGAGAACUUCAAGCUUCUAGGCAACAUGAUAUUGAUUGUCUUGGCGACCCACUUUACCAAGGAGUUCACCCCCCAGGUGCAGGCUGCUUGGCAGAAGCUGACAACUGCCGUGGCUAACGCUCUGACCCGCAAGUACCACUGA